AGUCUGUUUGUAUGUAGUAUUCUUACGUAUAGUCCCUCACGCUCUCCCCGUCCGUCGUCGGAGUGGCUGCCUUUAUCGCAGUGCAUCAUCCGUAUACGUAUAACGUACACUCGGUGCGAUUAAACGUCGUCAUCGCGAUAUCCGUUCCCGAGACUGGAGAGUCUCAACAUCGUCGAGGUCGACCCCUGCAGGAGCUUCCUCGCCAAAGCCCCGGAGCCUCGGGGAAGCUGAACGAGCAUACCUCCUGGAGACCCUUGCAGCCAGCCACUCUGAAGAUGCUGGAGCUGGAGGCUUGGGCAUCGUCUGUUCUGGCUGCUGCGACAGCGCUGAAUGACCAAAACUUUGCAAUAUCAUGGUUUGACGCAGUACCAACAUAAACUGUCGUCACUACCAUUAGGGAUUAAUAUGGAUUCGCCACCAUCCUACUCACUGAGUGUAACUGGACCGCUAAGCGACAUUGGCAGCAGCGGUAUUGGAGGCUCCAUAUCCAGUGACUCUGUUCGAGCACAUUUUGCUACUACAGAGCUACAGGAAAGCGACAUGGAGAGCAAAUCUCUGUCCCAGGACUCAUUUGAUUAUUCGGAUGGGAUACACGGUGAAAACUUCAACACUUUGAAAAAAGGGCCUACUUGGACAGAUGUCCUGUCUGCAGCAGCAGCCACAGUUGCAGAGCAAAGGAAGCUGGAAGAAAUUGCUAUAAAACCACCACCUGAAUUCCAGGACAGUCCAUCUCCACCUGAUACUUCUGCCUCGUCUCUGGAACCCCUUACUGCCGAUACCCACACUAUUUUGCACACAAGGAGAAGAGCUUCAAACAGAUGUAUUCGAGAGUUUGCUGAGAGUUUAGUGGAAACAAUAGUGGAGGAAGCUCUGGCCAUAUCGUGUAGAAUAUCUUGGCCGGAAGGAAAGAUUAUUCUGAAGCCUACCAGGCACAUGCCUAACACGGAAAUGAUGCACAUGAGUUGCAGCAAUCGAACAAGUAAAAGCAGUUCAACGCGCAUAUGGAUGUCGGACUAUCUGACGUCCUCCUCACCAGGUCUGGCUACCGCGGGCUAUCAAGGCACCAUCACUAUCACGCCGUUUAGCACUCUAAAUCGACCGAACUCCCGUUCGUCCUUAGCUUCGUCACGACUCUCGAGCUCUCACAAUUCCAUCAACACGACGGGCUUGAGUAACAAGGCCGACGACAGCAGCUUUAUCACCUCGGCCAUGUCGCACGACAUCCUCACGACCAGCCAAAUCAGCGACAUGUACAACGUGCCCUUCGACUCGGACAUCUACACCGUGCCUAUUGACGUUGUUCGGCCGCUGCAUCAUGAGCUACGGACACCCCAACGACCCAAGAGGCACAAGCAUCAUCGGAAGAGGAGAAGGAAUGUAUCAGCAAGCUCGCAGAGUGAAUUCGAGUUUCAUAUACAGCAACAAUCAGCGAGACACUACUGCGGAGGAAUGCUGGGAAAACCAAGAUCCAUUGGGCAUUGCGUGGUCAAGUCACAGAAGAUGCUGGCCGAGGUGUGCUGUAACGAUUCCGGAGCUGCAGCCGUAUCAACGGGAGCUACUGCUAACGGCGCUUGCGGCAACGGCAAGAGGCACAGCGUUCCAGGAACCUCGGCAGCGGCAGCCGCUGCUACAAUGGGCCGUCAACCACAACAGCAACAGCACCAUCGACAACUCACCAAGACUGCUAAUAAUCAUGUACGUAACAUCGGUGAGCCGAUCCACAUGACUCUGCACGAGGUGCGCCAAUAUCUGCAGACUCUCUACUCUUCGGGCUCGAGCGAGAGUUGUGGCGAGGCCAAGAUGAAACGCGACAAGAUGGCCAAGAUGCUGCCGCCCCAAAGCAUCGGUCAGUCGUCUAUUCACCUCGCGGCGAUGCCCAAGUUCCUCAACUUGAAUAACAACAACAAGUACAGCAAUCCCCACAACACAGAUUCGUCGACAACGAACACGCCUAUAUCGAACAAGAGCAGCAACGGCCUCAUUCAGCAUAAUAAUAAUAAUAUUAACAAUAACAACAAUAACAAUAAUAAUAGCAGUAGCAAUGCAAAAAAGCACAAGAAAAACUCGCUUGCCACGCUGAAGAACAAAAAGGCGAAAGACGAGCGGGGCGACGAGAUGAGAACGAGCGACGGUACGGAUAGUACCACUGGUGGAAACAGGGAAAAGAUUAAGAAAAGUCAGCGCAACUUUUCUCUCAACCUCAAGCAGACUCUGUGCAACAUUUUCAGGUUUAAGAAGAUUGGCUCGCCGGAGCAUCAGAUAGUCACAAAGCGCACCAACGUCGUUCACCAACAGCAACCCGUGUCAGACGUGAUCGUUCAAGACGAGGACGACCUGGUGGCUGACUACGAGCAGCAUCCAUCACAGCAGGUGAAUAACAACAACGGUGGCAUCUCGCUAAACGGUGAUUUAGACGACGCCGAGGCUGCAACGACAACGAUCGCCACGACGACAACGACCGUCACCACAACGAAGCUGCCUUUCUUUAAACGUGCUCUGCCACCACUUCCCAGGGCGGUGAUCAACGGACACUCGGAGUCGGGUUUGGAUGCGCAAGUUGGCGACAACGCGAUUGUAAAUGGUGUAGUACCUCUGUGCGAGUCCCCGGCCAAUUCUGGAACCCAAGCCAGAGGUCAACAAAUGGCUGCAGCUGAAAAUGGAGACGAACCUGCGAAUGAGGAUACCAGCAUGGACUUCGCCGCUAGUAUUGAGAAAGUCAAAGACUAUGGAUGGUAUUGGGGCCCGAUAAGCGGUGAAGCAGCGGAGAAGAUUUUGUCGAACGAGCCUGAUGGAUCUUUCAUAGUUCGUGAUAGUAGCGACGAUCAUUAUAUAUUCUCGUUAUCAUUUAGACUUAACAGUUGCGUUCGGCACGUAAGGAUCGAACAUGAUCAGGGUAACUUUAGUUUCGGCAGUUGCACCAAGUUCAAAUCCCAUACGAUCGUGGACUUCAUUGAGAAUGCGGUGGAGCACUCGCGUAGUGGCCGAUACCUCUUCUUCCUGCACCGACGUCCGGUGCUCGGACCGAUGCGCGUUCAACUGCUCCACCCGGUCUCUCGCUUCAAGCAGGUUCAGAGCCUGCAGCAUACCUGCCGCUUCGUCAUCCUCAAAAUGGUACGCAAAGACUUGAUUCCGACGCUGCCUCUGCCGCGGCGGCUAAUCGAUUACCUGAGCGCGCCGCACUACUACAGCGAGCAGUUAGCCUGUGAGCAGGAGGAGCGCGUCGAGUCGCCGGUAAGCUCAUCGACUGGCGAGCUCGAGAAGAUCUGCUUCACUCCACAAGGCUUGUCGUGAGCGAUGCUAUGGAGCGCCCCAAUGCGCCCGAGCUUGGCUAAUCUUCUUCCCCCUCAACGUGCAUUACUAACGUUACGAUGCCGAUGACACGACGUGUAACAUAUUAUUAUGACGAUAUUAAAGGAUACGAUGCUUAGGGUGAGAGAUAAGUACGAGUGUGGGAGAGAAAGAAACGAGAGAGCGCCUGCAGCCUCCUAUUGGAAGGCGAUUGCUACCGUGCGGUAGCGCUCGCGAAUGUGGUAUUAUGAAUGAAUGAAGUUCAGUUGUUUUGGCUGAGAUGUUGCUUGAGAUUGCUGUUUCUGUUAGAGGAAAAUCCUAAGAAUUAAAAUAUAAGUGUUCGAGCAAUUUUUUUCUGACAUUCUUUGUCCAGUUGAAAACGGAUGAUUUGAAGUAAUAAUAAUCAAGCGUAGUAAGAAAAAAAUCCGUUUGAUUGAUAAAUUUCUGGUUGAAAAAUCAAGUGUGUAGUAACGUCUUUUCUAGUAGUUCUUAAGAUUUUGCCUUUAAAUAUUGAAAUUUUGGUCAUACUUUGUUCAACGUUGUUGAAGUGUAGGAAUUUGAAUAAUAGUCAGAAUUGAAUAAUGUUGAACAAAACAAACUUUAAUAAUACAGAGUCCGCGAUUUCAAGUAGUUAAGGUCAAAACAUACUUAUGAGCGCUACUGUACAUAUGCGUAAAGCGACAUUUUUCACCAAGUCAUUUUACGUGCGAGAAGCAACGACGAAUUUAGUUUAGAAUCCGCGUUGACAUUUAUUAUUCGCGUUGAUUCGUAUGUACUUUUGUAAAGUAUAGUUACUUUUUCACCGAAGAUUCUAUGUUGUUUUACACAUUAUCGAUUGUUAUCGAGGAAAGUCUGGUUUUUGGUUUAUAAGAAAAAUACUAUUGUUAUAAAUUUUAAAUUAUUAAUAUAUUAUGAUUAUUAUUAUGAUUAUUAUUAUAUUAUUAUCGCACUCUUGUCGGAAGUAUUAGACGAACAUCUAUUACUUUCCAACAAUUUUCAUUGUUAUCUAUCUUGUAAUAAGCAUAAGAUGCAAACGAGAUAAAAAAUUUUAAUCAUUCUACGAGCGCGAAAUAUUAGGAAUCUUUUUAUACUCGUAUAAUAUUACAAACUAUAAUACAUAAUACGAUAUUGAAUAAAUACUGCAUUAGGAUAAGAAAACUCGUGUAAAUUCGCGGUUUAGUUAAGUGCGCGCACACAAAGCGCACGAGCCAAGCGUAUAUGUAACAAUUCGAUCGAGGCACAAGCUAUAUAAGUAAAUGGCCAGCUUGUCGAACGACCGAACAAAGCACAUUUGCAUUGCGUUUUAACGAAAAUUUUUUCUCUUUUUCAAGAAUUGAUAAAGAAAGACAUCUACUUAAUAGCCGCCAAGUAAUGGUAAAAUUGAAAAAGAAUUAGUGCAAUAUGUAAUCAUCCGUAGAUUUGAAAGCAGCGAUCAUUCUCGCGCGGCCAGCAAGAACGAAGUAGUAGCGUGAUGUUUGACAUACUUUUUAUAGUCCUCCUCCCAUUUACCUUUUGCCCCUAUCCAUUGUGUAUUGAGUUUCGUUAAAUCCAAUGAAUUGCUAGAUCUCGUCCUUUUUUAUAAAAUCUAUAUUUUAUUCCUUAGCUUACUAUCGUUUGAUGCGUGCGUCUAGUGAGUUUUCAAACCAAAAAGCAAGCUGUAUUGUAUGUACAUGUAUAACUUAAUUUACCUAAA